UACGGAGCGGCGACGACAGACGUGGCAGGGCAACGGCGUCGCUCUCAUAAAGAACGUUCGCGUUGCUUUGACCAUUGACUUCAACCUUCUAUCGGUCUGUUUCGAAGCUUUCUCAGAAAAUUUAGGUAUUUCAAUGGCACUUUUGCAGUACUUCCCGUCCCAAUUCUCAUUGCUUCAAUACCUCAGACACCCAGCCAUUCCUAACGUCUCUCUCUCAGAGACUCCAGUUCCACCAUCAAUCUCACCUCAAUUUUCUUCAAUAUCAUUCUCUCGACAAACUGUUCUUCGUUACCCUUCGUUUCAAUCACUUCGCUGUAGCCCGAGCUCGAGCUCUUCAGUACAGGAUGAAACCCUCUCUUCUUCGAAAAUCUUCAUAAAAGGACUGCCGCAAUCAAUGUCUGAGGGACGUCUGCACAAGGCAUUUUCACACUACGGGGAAGUAAGCCAAGUCAAACUGGUUGUGGAUAGAGAUUCUGGACAGUCUUUAGGAUUUGCGUGUAUCUGGUUUACUAGUGAGGACACUGCCAAAUUGGCAGUGAAAGAGAUGAAUGGAAAGUUUUUUGAUGGCAGGUUUGUCUACGUAACAAUUGCGAAGCCUGGAUUCAUCAAAAAUCGGAGGAGAGCAACACAAUACAAGUUCUAGUCCGAGAGUCUGGGAUAUCCCUCAAUGGAGCUUAAACAGCAUUUAUUAUUUUCCUGUACUUAUUUAGGUUUUGUUGCACCUUUUUUUCCCCAUUUCGUUUGUACAAAUUUUGGUACUCUUAUUUGUGGUGUUCUCUAUAUGGACAAAACAAUUGACAAAAAGAAUGUUGUUCUUCA